AUGAGAGCAAGAGCAAGAGCAGCAUAGCAUAGAAUAGAAUAGAGAGCAAGAGCAGCAUAGAAUAGCAUAGAAUAGAGUAGAAUAGAAUAGAAUAGAAUAGAAUGGGUCGAAGAAAGCUUCUGGCCAUUUACAGGGCAGACAAGAAGAAGCGGCGACAGACAUUUUUGAAGCGGAAGAAAGGACUGUUGAAGAAAGCUCAUGAGCUCUCUCUACUGUGCGGCUCAAGAGUUAUCAUCAUAAUCUACUCUGAAGACGGGCAGAAAUUUGAAGAGGAUUUCAUUGGCUCAUCUUUUGUUCCUCCAAUUGUCCCUGUGCAGAUGGAUGAACAGCAACAGCAACACCUCUUCCAUCCAACACCAACACCAACACCUCUUCCAUCCAACAAUCUCACUCCACAAGAUGCAGCAAUUUUCAAUGCUCUUCCUGAUAUUGUCGCUCUCCCCAAAAUUGGUGCUCAUCCUUUCUUUCAAAUGGAAUCACUCCACAGAUGAUGUUGGAAGAUCUAAGCUUUCCACAGAUGGAUCUUUGGAUCCCAGAAUAAAUUCUCUAUAUAUAUUUUUUCAAAUAAAAAGCAAGACAAUUGUCUUGAAUUGUUCUUAUAUUUAGUCCCCACGU